AUGGACGAUGAGAAAUACUUCACAUUUGCUAACCCGGAAAUUCUUGGCCAUAGUGGAUUCUAUACAGAUAAUUUUAAUGACUGUCCUGAUAAUGUGAAAUUUAAAGCGAAGGCAAAGUUUGAGGAUAAAAUCAUGGUGUGGUGUGCAAUUUCAGAAGCAGGCGUUUCUAGACCAUAUGUGGGUAGUGUUAAAGUUACUCCGUCAAAAUUGGAGAAAACGCAAAGUACUAUUAAAGACAGCGCGGAAAAAAGCCACGAGCAAUUCUAUAGCUUUGUUAAAAGUAGUGACGAGGAAAUCUCUGAAAAUACAGACGUAGUCAUGGAACAAAACGCCAUGGACGAAGACACGGAUAAAAACCAAUAUGCCGCAAAAACGGAUGAGGAAAACCCCCGCUCUUUUGAGUUGCAAAAAAUUUACCACCAAACAAACAAAAAGAUGAUGAUUUUAAAUCAGCAUAUCGGACCAGAAUUUUCAAGCGAUGAAAAGCAAACCCCAAUUCUGAAUCAGACAGUGAUUGAGCCAAUUAUACAUGAGUUACCGGACCAACCCAAUGAACUAACACUCCCUGAUGAAAGAACACAACCCCUACCACAGGUACAAGCACCAAAACCCACAACAGUAGAAACAGAUCCCAAACCCAUAGAGGAGGAGGAGAAAACCUCCCCUAAUAGUACUUUCUCGUUUCAAAGGAAUAAAAGAAGCCGAAGGGAUAACGCAGAAAAAGACAGAAAAAUAGAUCAAUCAAUGCCCCACCGAAAAUUAGUGCCAACCUUAGAAGGAUACCAUGUUUUAACUGAUGAAUUCGAAGAUGAAGAAAGUGAGGAAGCAAUGGAAAAAAGAAGGCAGGAAGCCAGAAAAGAAAGAAGGGACUGUAAGAAGGGUGGCACAGAGACAGCCAAUGAUACAAAUAAAAAAGAUGAGGUACAAACAAAGAAAAAGACAAAUAUGUCCCCUAUCGUGCUGGAGGGAGUCCCAGAGGACCAUAAAGGACUCACAGGGGUACUCAGCGGUAUAAUAAAAGGCAAUUUCAAUAUGAAGUAUACCAAUACCUCAACUAUAGUAUUCACAGAAAAUAAAGCAGACUACGACAAUGUUAUCAACGUCAAAAAAGAAGAAAUGGCAUACUGCACGUAUUUGAAUUUAAUAAAAACUAUAAAAUCCAUUUAA